UCAGUAGUUUAUGGACCUCGGCGGAAGAUUCAUUCGUUCAACACGUCGCUUAGUGUUUCCAUUUAAUAGAGACGAUGUCCAAGAAUUUCAUCAAUUCGAUACAGGAUGCUGUGCCCGAAACAUUAUCAGGAUUAUGUUAUACUUAUCCGCAAUUAAAAUACGAACCAUCGCACAACGUUGUACUGUCGUCAGAUUAUGAAAGUCGUACAGACAAAGUAGCGUUGGUUUGCGGCGGUGGUAGUGGACAUGAGCCAUUUGCCGCGGGCUUUGUUGGAGACGGCAUGUUGACGGCUUCUAUAGCGGGAUCCAUUUUUGCAGCUCCACCAUCUACUCACAUCACAUAUGCUCUUCAGUGCGUUGGAAAAGCCAAUAAAGCUGGUGUUCUAGUUGUGGUGCCUAAUUAUACGGGGGAUUGUCUGAAUUUCGGCAUAGCCAUCGAAAAGGCUCGGCAGACGGGCAUCAAGGUGGAAGAAAUAAUUGUUGGCGAUGACUGCAGCAUUCCGGAAGGUGAACAAGGUAUUGCCGGUAAACGCGGCCUGGUGGGCAUGCUGUUCGUUAUCAAAAUCGCGGGUGCUCUUGCCAAGAGAGGAUCAUCUUUGAACGAAGUGGUAGAAAUCGCGCGACAUGUUUCGCAAAAUACGGCAACGUAUGGAAUCGGGUUAACCGCCUGCGCUAUACCAGGUCAAGAAUUGAUGUUCCAGCUUGCACAGGAUGAAGUAGAAUGCGGAAUGGGUGUACACGGAGAGGCGGGUUACGAGAGAAUCAAGCUCGGGACUGCGUCGAAAUUGGUGUCAAUGAUGUUGGAGCGCAUUUGCGAGACUUUAGCUUUGGCCGCCAACAACUCAGUCGCCGUAAUAGUUAACAAUUUCGGCGGCUUAAGUCAAUUGGAGCAAGGGAUCAUCGUUCAUGAGGUUGUGAACCAGCUUCGAUACAGGAGUAUAAACGUUAUUCGCGUUUAUUCGGGCACGUUGAUGACAUCGUUAAACAGCUCCGGCGUACACGUAAGUUUGCUGAAGUUAAAUGAAAAUCAUGAAAAUAUGUUCGUCGAAUAUCUUGACGACAUAACGGCAGCGCCUUGUUGGCCGAAUCGCAGCUGUAACGUCCCUUCGACCGCCAUCCGCGCCCCAUCUGAAGACGCAACGAGAGAGAUAGCGGGGAAGAUAGGAAUAUCAUUGAACACGCAAGAACAAUGCUUGACGAAAUUAUGUUUGGAAAACGCGUGUGUGGCUAUCAGCGACAAUGAGGAGUAUCUCAACGAACUGGACCGCGGUUGUGGAGACGGAGAUUGUGGGUCGACGAUGAAAAGACUCGCCGACGGUGUCUUGAAUAAUUUGAAUAAGCUGUCCUUAUCACAUCCAGCAACAUUGUUAUCGGAAAUAGCGAGUAUAGCGGAAACAUGUAUGGGCGGAACUUCUGGAGCUCUAUAUUGUUUGUUUUUCACGAGCGGUGCAAAAGAACUGGCGUUAUGCAGACAUGGGGAAGAUAAGCGGCGCAUGUGGUUUCUUGCAUUCUACAGUGGCUUAAAAUGUUUAGAGAAAUACGGAAAAGCAAAAGUUGGAGACAGGACUAUGAUCGAUACGAUGGACGCUGUGUGCACGAUGUCAAGGAAAAUAUUAAAUGAACGUGCGAGUGAUUUUUACGAAAAAAUUGUUACAGCAGCGUGGGAAGGAUGCAAUUCUACGAAAAACAUGAGACCCAAAGCGGGACGCGCAAGUUACGUAAAACAAGCCCAGUACUUGACAAAAACGGACGCGGGAUCGUAUGUCGCGGCAAUAUGGAUCACAACUAUCGCAGAAACAAUGUGUUCGGCAAUGUGUACAUAAUUUCGUUAAGUGUGUUCAACGAUAUUCCUAUCUUCUCCUUUAUCUUUCUUGUCUUCUCCGCUAUCUUUCUCGUUGCGUUUUCAGAUGGAGUGCGGAUGGCGAUCGAAGGAAUGCUACAUGUGCGACUCGGCCAAUGAGGCGAAUAGAAAUCACGACGCGAACGUAUAUAAAAUAAUUUUUUUUCUCUCGCAUAAGUAAUAAAACAACUAAGAAACAAUAAUUUGUCACUGGUCGAUUUAUCACAACUUCUAGUAUUUUUUUGUAAGGGAAUAUAAUUGUGAAAUAUUAUUGUAAUUAUUACUGUAAUUCGUUUUAGCGGACCCUUCAACAUUACUGCAAUAUCUCAGUAAAAUUGCAGUAAUAUUUUUGCUAUAUUACAUUGUAUUAUUGCAAUGGAAAUAUGACGUUGCUGUGUGACAUUGCCGUGCUAUAUGGGUUAAAAAUCCCGUCGAAUUUGUCGAUUUGCAAUGCGUUGUGGUCACCGAAGCUGCGUUUCAAUAUUUAUUGCUAAUACUGAAAAUCUUGUAGUUCAUGUUACGUAUAUGUAUAUAUAUAUUAUAAUAUACAUGUUAUGUAUAUUAUAACUUCUCAGUACUGUCAGCAAAUAUAUCUG